GCCAGGCAUGAACGCGGAGACCUGCGUCUCGUACUGCGAGUCGCCGGCCGCUGCCAUGGACGCCUACUACAGUCCGGUAUCGCAGACCCGGGAGGGCUCGUCGCCUUUUAGAGGAUUCCCCGGCAGCGGCGACAAGUUCGGCACAACUUUCCUCUCGGCCGCCGCCAAAGGGCAGGGAUUCGGGGACGCCAAGUGCCGGGCCCGCUACGCUGGCGGCGGCGGCGGUGGCGCGGGGCAGCAGGACCUGGCGACGCCCCUGGAGAGCGGCGCGGGGGCGCGCGGCUCCUUCGCUAAGUUCCAGCCGCAGACGCCCAGCGCGCAGCCCCCGCCGGCCGCGCAGCCCCCGCAUCUGUACCUGCAGCGCGGCGCCUGCAAGACGCCCCCGGAGGGCGGCCUCAAGCUCCAGGAAGGCGGCAGCCACAGCGCGGCCCUGCAGGUCUCCUGCUACGCCAAAGAGAGCUCCCUGGGAGAGCCAGAGUUGCCCCCCGACUCCGACACCGUGGGCAUGGACAGCAGCUACCUCAGUGUGAAGGAGGCUGGGGUGAAGGGGCCCCAGGACCGGGCCAGUGCUGACCUCCCCAGCCCGCUGGAGAAGGCCGACUCCGAGAGCAACAAGGGCAAGAAGCGGCGGAACCGUACCACCUUCACCAGCUACCAGCUGGAGGAGCUUGAGAAGGUCUUCCAGAAGACACACUACCCGGACGUGUACGCGCGGGAGCAGCUGGCCAUGAGGACGGACCUCACCGAGGCCCGCGUGCAGGUCUGGUUCCAGAACCGCAGGGCCAAGUGGAGAAAGAGGGAACGCUUCGGGCAGAUGCAGCAGGUUCGGACUCACUUCUCCACUGCCUAUGAGCUGCCACUGCUCACCCGGGCUGAGAACUAUGCCCAGAUUCAGAACCCAACCUGGAUCGGCAACAACGGGGCCGCCUCACCGGUGCCUGCCUGCGUGGUCCCCUGUGACCCGGUGCCCGCCUGCAUGUCCCCCCACGCGCACCCCCCUGGCUCGGGGGCCAGCAGUGUCACCGACUUCCUGAGUGUGCCCGGGGCCGGCGGGCACGUGGGGCAGACGCACGUGGGCAGCCUGUUCGGAGCAGCGGGCCUGAGCCCCGGCCUCAAUGGCUACGAGCUGAACGGGGAGCCAGACCGCAAGACCUCGAGCAUCGCGGCGCUGCGCAUGAAGGCCAAGGAGCACAGCGCCGCCAUCUCCUGGGCCACAUGACAGGGCCCCACCCGCCCGUCCCUGUGCCCUCCACGCCCUCGCUCCCCAGGACCCCAGCCUCCCACUUGACUUUCCUCUUAGGAAACUGGCCUGGCCCAGGGGCCUGACCCUCAGCACUUUCAGCCAUCUCAAGUCUGAAGCCCCGGGACUGCAGGAGGGAGGGGCACAGAGGCAGCGACCUGUGCUCCUGGGCACUGGCAGUAGGGACAGCAAGAUGCCCAGUCCUGCAGCUCUGUGUCCGCCAUGAACUGAAGGCCCUUUGUCCCCUCCUGGUCCUCCGCCCACCCGCUUUGACCUUGAGUCGAAGUUAACUUCCCCUCCAGAGCCAGCAGCGGUGACCGCCCACUCCUGUCCAGCUGUCUCUUAUUGGUGGGGUCCCCUGGUCCCUCGGCUGUGGCUGUGUGCCUGAGGAGCAGGCUGCCCUGCAGACCCAGCUCCUGUUCCCGCUUCCUGAGAGCACAAGAGUCCUGCCUCCUGGACCCCAGGCACCAAACUGGGCCCCACUGACCGCAGCGUGGACCCCCCUGUGCUGGACACACCCAGCGGCACAGGGAGGCUGGGGGCCGCCCUGGAAGGUGGCCAGACCCUGGUGUCCUGAGACUGGUUCUGGUGGACACUGCAAGGAGGAGCCUGGACCCCCAGGGCCACCACAUGCUGGAGGAAGAGGAGCUCCAGGAGAGAGGAAGGCCGUGGGGAGGUGGCACCGCCACACCAGGAGGUCUGGGUGGCUCUGUCCUCCAUCUGCUUGGUGCUUCAGUCUCCCGGGGUCCUGCAGGAGGACCUGGGGCACCUGUACCUUCCUGGUCUCCCCACCUCGUGGGGUGAAAGGACUUAUAACUCGGAAUACAUAAGCUAGGGCUGGGGCCUCGGAGGCAGGGGUCAAGAGCGGUGUCCCCAGGCUCUGUCGGGAUGCGGGGCCCUGCUCGGGCGCAAGGCAAGAUGGCCCUUCCAUCCUCAGACUGGCCACCCAUCUGCCACCUCGGCACAGCAUCAUGCCUAGUGGGUGGGGACUCUGUUCCUCCAGGCCUGGGGGACAGUGCUGUGCUCCGUGUGACCUGCCACAUGCUCUCAGAGAGCCACCCCCUGCUGCUUCCCCAGGGCACAGUUCUGUGCCCCUCUCUGCCUCCUGGCCUGCAGACAUGGGGUCCCUGGUGCCUGCCCUUGACCCCAGCCUUCCCUAGCAACAGUCAGACCCUCUUGUGGACCCUAGCUCUUGAAUUGAUCUUAGAUAGGAGAAAAGGAUCUUAGACAGUGAAUUAAAUGUCCCCAAAGGCUUGGCUUUCAGAUGUUUGAGGAUUUUGGAAUGACUUGUCAGGAAUCCUCUGGUUUUGAGGUCCACUGAGGUAACCCAUUCUCCCCAGUCUGGCAAGGGACAGGAAGGGCAGGGAAAGUGGGGGCCAGCCUGGUUCCUUGAAGACCCUCAUGGCGAGGAAGGACUUGGGAGGGAGUUGCUCACCCAGGGAGAGUCAGUACAAAGCCAGAAAAGUAGGGAGGAGGGCUUUGGGUGGAAUCUUCUGGAAGGGACCCCUUUAGAGACACUUCAUUCCUCCGUGCGUCUGCUUUCAGGCCAGACCCCAGUCAGGCAAAUGUCAGCCCUAAAUUUUGAAAAGAAAGUUUGAGUGGCCACGGCUGCCUCUUCCCCAGUGAAGCCGUGACAGGUUCCUGACUGUGCAUGCUGGUGUCUGAUGUCCCCCUUCCUCUCCCCAGAGGCAGCUUCUCACCCCUGGCCUGUCCUACCCUCCAGGACCAGAGAGUCACUGGGUUGGAAGGGAUCUCAGCCACCCCUUGCUCGCCAGUCCUGUCAGAGAGAGUGACCCAGGGUGCUGAGACAGGAGCAGGGCCAUGCCGCCUAGGUGCAGGGGCCGGGCUCAGCUGGCCUUCCGGGUGGGCAGUGCCGGCUCCUCCCAGCAGGCAUGGCUGCAGCAGCCUCACAGGUGGCCACCUGGCUUCCUCAGGGCCCGAGGCCCAUGGAGGUGGUGAGGAGACUGGCUGUGGCGUGGCUCCCAGCUCAGCCAGUGUGUGACAGGGCUGAGGGUUCCCUUUGCUGUUUGCCUGACAUUCCCACAGAAGUGGCCACUUGACCGUGAAGUGGUUCUAGUUGGCCACAGACUGGGCAGUGUCCCCAGGCCUGGGAGCCUAGAGUCCCCGCAGGGCCACGUGCCCAGGCUCCAGAAGCCCCCUCCAUCCAGGCCCGGGGGUGAGGGCCCUGAGACCUUCCCUGAGUCCUUGUAGCCAUACUUGAUGCCCACCCGGUGGGCGGGUUGAAGUCACUUCAAUGGGCAGGGCAUAGCACACGUGAGGCCCCCCAGCACACACUGCUGUGGCCAUGCUGCACCCAUCUCCUGUCUUUUCCGCUGGGGAGACCGAUGGCGUUCCCAUGACCAUAUCAGUCGGCCUUCGUGCGUGGUCUCUCACUCUCUGGGCUGCAUGUGGGGACACCGAAGGACAGCUGAGGCUACUGGUGUGCUAGAUGGCCCUGCCUGUCGGGGCAAAGGCGGACAGUUGGCCAACUGGCCCCCGGGAUAAUCCAUGAUCACACAAUUGACGUGAGACAGCGACAGACUCCACUUUCCAAAGUCACACCAACCCCACUUCACUUCUUUCAGGAUGCGUCAGGGAGGGAAGGUGUUCCCGGUGGAUGGUGCCAGUGGCAUCAAAAGAAACACUUCCCACUCUUCCCCUCCGUCGCCCUUCCCCGUCGCAUAGAGCUAGGCCUUUAUACUACUGAUUUUGAGGACAGUUUCAGUGUCGAGUUAUCUGUUCGGGUGUGCAGUGUUAAGACAGCCGAGUGCGCGAAGGAACGUGGACCUCAGCCAAUGUUUGCUGUCUCAUUGUAAGAUAUUUUAACCCUGUAUAAAUGCAACUUUUCCUUUAGCUUAAUGGGCUGGGGUGGAAUAUUAAGAAUACCUAUUAAAAGUACAUGAAAAUGCCAGAAAAAAAAUGUUAAAAAAAUUGAGGUGAGUUCCAUAAAGUUUUACUGCCUAUACCACCAUGUAAGUACAUUAUAGCAAAAUAUUAAAAGAAAUGUUCUUGCCUUUUAAAGUAAGUUAUUGCACUUACAUCUUUCUGGGGAGGGGAGGUGUGCAAGCGAGGAAGGACUCGGGGUCGUGGUGCGGGACAGAGCAGGGGCUGCUGGAUGCGCCCCAGCGCCCGCCACAGCCCAGACUGUUUGGCCGUUGUUGUUUGCA